ACGUCGAGUUAUCCACCUCCGUAGCUUUUAGCCACCCUAGGCGACAAUAUUCAAGCUCUUUAAACGCUUUCGGUGCAUAUUAUCCACCGUGUUAUAAACACACUUGUCGUAUCUCCUGGCUAGUUACCCAAUUUAAUAUUGACGCUGUUGUUAGUCAGCUAGCUGGCUGAGUAAAUUAGCAGUAGUGCUAGUCUAGUCACUAAUGCUAACUAGCUAUUUAGCUAACAUCCCAACCAUGAGCUCAGUAAACGACUCCCCCACUUCUAAAGAUGGGAUCUGCUGGACGGAGAGAGAAACUAUGGGGCUGAACAUUGUCGUGAAAGAGGAGAAGGAAGAAGAGGAUGUCACAGUAAAAAAAGAAGUAAAGGGUGAGGCUGUUACAGUGAAAGAAGAAGAGUUAGAAGUUAAAUUGACAGAUGGUGAAGAAGCGUUCAGAGUGGAAGAGGAUGUUACAGUAAAAGAAGAGGGGGAAGUAAAAGAGGAGGUGGGGGAGAUGACUGUCACAGUGAAAGAAGAGGAAGACGUUUUUGGAAUGAAGGAAGUGGGGGAGAUAACUGUCACAUUGGAAGAAGAAGAAGAGGAGGAGACAGGAGAUCUGAUUAACAACAGAGAGAGACCAGACUCUCACUCUGACAGCAGUAAGAGUGCUUCAGGGGAACCAGACCCAGAGACUCCCAAACCAGUGAGACGACUCGACUGCUCCCAGUGUAAUAAGAGUUUUAAGUUGUCACGGUACCUAAAAAUACAUCAGAGGACACACACAAGGGAGAAACCUUUUCUCUGCGCCCAGUGUGGAAAGAGUUUUACCCAGUUAUGGAGCCUGAACAAACAUAAUAGAAUACACACAGGAGAAAAGCCUUACCGCUGUUCCCAUUGUGGAAAUAAUUUUAGGUCGUUAGAUAAGCUGAAGGAGCAUGAGAGGACACACACAGGGGAGAAACCAUACCAUUGCUCCUUGUGUGGAACGAGUUUUACCCAGUUAGGAAGCCUGAAAGAGCAUGAAAGGAAACACUCAGGAGAAAAGUCUUUCCAAUGUUCCCAGUGUGGAAAGAGAUUUUUACGAUCGCAGCAACUAAAAUCACAUGAGAGGAUACACACAGGGGAGAAACCAUACCACUGCUCCCAGUGUGAAAAGAGUUUUACCCAGUUAGGGAGCCUGAACAAACAUAAUAGAAUACACACAGGAGAAAAGCCUUAUCCCUGUGCCUAUUGUCCAAAGAGAUUUUCAGGAUCACAGGAUCUAAAAUCACACGAGAGGACACACACAGGGGAGAAACCAUACCACUGCUCCCAGUGUGAAAAGAGUUUUGCACAGUCAGGGAGCCUGAACAAACAUAAUAGAAUACACACAGGAGAAAAGCCUUACCCCUGUGCCCAUUGUGGAAAGAGAUUUUCACGAUCACAGGACCUAAAAUCACAUGAGCGGACACACACAGGAGAAAAGCCCUACCCCUGUGCCCAUUGUAGAAAGAGAUUUUCACAAUCACAUGACCUAAAAUCACACGAGAAAACACACACAGGAGAGAUACCUUACCAUUGUUCCCUGUGUGGAAAUUAUUUUUUCCAUUUAGGAAGUCUGCGCAAACAUAAUAAGAGAAAACACUCUGGAGAUGUGUGUACCGAUGUUCCCAUUGCAUAAUGAAUAUCAGGUUGUUAAAUAAAAAAUACAUUUUCCCAGACAGAAGACCUGAAAUCACAUCAUAGAAUAGACAGGCAGUGUUCUGACUUAUGUUUGACUGUUGUUUUAUGCCACAUUAAAUCAUAUUGUUUAUAUGAAAUCAUUCUCUAGAAUAGGCCUGUUUUUAGUUUUUGAGACAGGAUUAUGUCUAAAAUCAGAUUACAAUUUAAAAUGUAUUUUAU